GCUCGACUUCACUGCUGCGCGUUUCUGCUCGAGUAGUACACAGCACAAAGCCGACUUGAGUACAUGCAUCGUCGCUCUUGCGACACAAUGCACCUUUAACAGCUUGUCGCUCUUGCCUAACAGAGGCGCUCGGGCACUUACGUCACCGCGAACCCAAUGCUCCAUUAAUGAUCUGCGCCUCCACAAACAUCAUGGCAACAUUCGACACGCUACCCCUCGAGAUACUGUUCCGGGUCUUGGACUCUGUUUCGAGCCCACACGAUUCGAUAUCCUCCUCUUUUCAUCCGCUGAACAGCCUCGCCGCAGCAAACAAGCAUUUCGACUCGGCAGUAGAGGAGUACACACGUGUUCUACUAAAGCAACAUGCCAACUUCGCGCCCAAAAAGAAAUCUAAGACUUACAUAAACCGAAAGAAAUGGCUCGCCGAGACUUGUCAGCUCUGCUACAAGACAAGCAAGCGGAGAUCGACGCUCUGGAGCGUUUUAACAUGUUGCCUGACAUGUGACAAGAAGCAUUUUCCGAAAGUAACUAUGACCAAUGCCAUCAAUCAACACAAGCUUUCGAAGCUUGACCUCUUCACGCCAAAUCGCCUGCAUCCUACCCUGCCAUCUCUAUCCCACGGGGAGUACCCGGUCAUGGGCGGUGUCGCUACCAUGAUCUACGAGCCAGAUCUUGUUGCGCGAGGAGAUUAUCUCCAUGGUCUGCUUGGUCUCUUAGACCACACUGACAACAGUACUGCACGUAGACGAGUCAGGCGUCAUGACCUGCUGAUGAUGCAUAUGGAAGUCGCAUACUCUACCGCCCGCAAGAUCUGGUAUCGAAAAUCUCCUUCAUUGAGAGAAGAAGGCAAAGCACCGGCGGUCAGAAAGAGCAUGGAGACCCGAGAGAGUCGAGACGCAUUCGUGCGAGAUGCUCUUGCGUCAGAGCGGGCUUCACUGCAUUCUCAAGGCGCGUCAGAAGAUACGGCUAUCGAGCUCGAUUAGAUCUUAUGCAAGGAAAGGCUAGCAUACUUUGCACACAAUUUUUUCACCUCACAUGACUGACGAAGG